CGCGCAGGGGCCGCCGUUGUAGGCAGGCUCGCGGGCGUCAUCAAAGCCCGGAGGGGGGAAGGGUGAAGGCGCCCCACAGAACACCUUUCCCGACCAGGCCCUGAGGUGCAGGUCCUUGAGAGAUAUGUAUCAUUACGCUGGAAAAGCCUAGAUAAUUAGAAAACCUAAAAAGCCUCUGAUGGAACAGCUGUUUGGCCCAUUCAGCAGAAGGAUGAAUGAAGCUCUACCUAAAAACAGGCUGUGAAUGGAAGGGACCUGUCAUUAUGCAAACAAUACGGCACUCAGAGCAGACACUUAGAGCAGCUCUCAUUUCAAAGAACCCAGUGCUUGUGUCCCAGUAUGAGAAGUUUGGUGCUGCAGAAAGGCGUUUGAUGAAUGAAGCCUUCCGACCAGCCAGUGAUCUCUUUGAACCCAUUACCUUGCAUUCUCAAUCAGAUUGGAUCACCUCCCAUCCUGAGCCUCCCCAAGACUUUGAAGAGUUUUUCAAUGAUCCUUCCAGAAAGACACCCUCUCCAGAGAAACACAGUAUUUAUAUACAGUGUAUCGGAUCUCUAGGAAACACCAGAGUUAUCAGUGAAGAAUAUAUUAAAUGGCUCAAGGGCUACUGUGAAGCAUUUUUCUAUGGCUUGACAGUAAAACUCCUAGAACCGGUUCCUGUCUCUGCAACCAAGUGUUCCUUUAGAGUCAAUGAUAACACACAAAACCUACAAAUACAUGCAGGGCACAUCCUGAAGUUCUUAAAAAAGAAGAAACCUGAAGAUGCCUUCUGUAUUGUGGGAAUAACAAUGAUUGACCUUUACCCAAGAGACUCCUGGAAUUUUGUCUUUGGACAGGCCUCUUUGACAGAUGGUGUGGGGAUAUUCAGCUUUGCCAGGUAUGGCAGUGAUUUUUACAGCUCAAGCUAUGAAGGCAAAGCAAAGGCAUUCCAGAAAAAGUCUUCAAGUGACUAUUCGGUUUUUGAUGACUAUUACAUUCCUGCAGUGACUAGCGUUUUGCUGCUUCGGUCCUGUAAGACUUUAACCCACGAGAUUGGACACAUAUUUGGACUUCGACACUGCCAGUGGCUCGCAUGCCUAAUGCAAGGCUCCAACCACUUGGAAGAGGCUGACCGGCGCCCCCUACAUCUGUGCCCUAUCUGUUUACGCAAGUUACAGUGUGCUAUUGGCUUCAACAUUAUAGAAAGAUACAAAGCACUGGUGAGGUGGAUUGACGAUGACUCUGCUGACACACCUCGAGUCACUCCAAAACAUAGUCGUGAGGAUAAUGUGAAUUUGCCAAAACCUGUGGAAGCCUUUAAGGAGUGGAAAGAGUGGAUAAUAAAAUGCCUUGCUGUUGCCCAAAAAUAAGAACCUUCAUAUAGGAGUAAUUAAAAUAAGUACUUGUACCUUAUGCUUUCUUUUGGAUCAAGUACUUCUCUGGAAUAAACUGUUUACUGAUCCUGUCCUUUAUCAAAGUAACAGAAGAGAAGCACCUUCAAAACACUUGAACUUGAAAUGAAACUCAUUUUGAAUGAUAAAAACUCUAAACUCUUUUGUCUUUUUAGCCUGGUCUCUGAUAGCAAGCAUAUCCAUCAUAUCCAUUCUUCAAAUAUGUUUAUUUAUAUGUCUCCUGUGAAGGCUAGGACCAGCAGUAACUAUGCUUACUUGACUGGGGGAGAGAAUGUGAUAGCAUUACCUGUGGCUGUGCCAGGAAGGACCAGGAUGGCCUGAUGGUCGUGAACAUCAGCUUCAUUUUCGUGCUGGGGAACAGGCUGAAAACCUCAGAUGGAACAAACUGCUUCUGCUCGAUCAGCAUGUGCCGGUUAUGGUGACGAGAUGCUAGGGCGAUCAAUGGACUAGGUGCUAGUGAGUGGAGAGCAUUUCUCCCUUUCCCAUCUUAACCUCGAAGGUGAAACUUAAAGGCAGCUGUGGGACCUCCGGCGGCCCUGCGAGCUGGCCUUUCUUUCUCAGGAAGCAGUAUCACUGUCCCUGGCAGAGAGACCCAGCACAAGAGCUUGAGCCUCAGACCUCAGAAUGGCAGCUGCAAGCCAUCACUCCAAUCCAGCCUCCUGCUUCUGUCCCGAGGAAGUCCCUCAGCUCUCCAGAGCCGAGGAUCGUGACUCCGCCUUCCCCAGCGCCAGGUACCCCUGAAGGGACCACCAUCCUGCCAUGCCGCACACAUGUAUUUACCCUCAGUGGGCCAUACCCCGGGGGGGAGGCCUUGGAAAAUCUGUGUGGCAGUGCAGCAGAGCAGUAAGUGGAAACACUUCUCAGGGAGAGAGCACGCACACAGUGCUUUCCAAGAGUUAGAUCUUAGUCAGUUCUUUGGUUCUGAUUGAUAGUCUAGAGCAGAAACAUCUAAUGUAAUGAAUAUAAUAUGAGCCACAUACAUAAUUUAAAUUUUUCAAAUGGCCUCAUUAGUAUUUGCUAAAAGAAGCAGGUGAAUAUAUUUCAGUCAUAUAUUUUAUUUAAUCCAAUAUAUCCUAUGCUAUCAUUUCAACAGGUAAUGAAUAUACAAAUUAUUAAGAUAUUUUACAUUCUAUUUUCAUACUAAGUCUUCAAACUCUGGCUGUUUUUUUACACAUACAGCACAACUCAGUUCCCACUGGGCACAUUUCAGGUGCUCAGCAGCUCCACCCGACUCAUGGCUACUGUACUGGACAACCCCAGCUCUAGAUUAGUACCAUUUUGUAGUCUACAUGGAAGGCAUAUGAAAUUGAAUAAACAGGGGGAAAAAAAGCUUUCUAAAGUAAGAGGUUUUGCAGGUCCUCUGGCAGUGCAGUACGGGUUGAUAUUCAAGUUGCAAGGUGUGAACACUUUUGGAUCUUGCCGUUAACCUCUGCGGCAGGUUGUUUUUACACUCUUCUGUUGUCAAGGACCUGGUAUUUCCUUUAAUGUGUUUUCAUUUUUGGAAAUCAAAGUUUUAAAGUAUUAAUAAUGUGAAUGUUGCUGAGUCCAUUUCAAAGAUGAGGAAACAAGCCCGCAGUAGCUAGUAAACUGUGUGCAGUGACACCAGAGGCAGAAACGGGACCAUAUUCCAAGUCUUCCUAAUUUCAUUUUUGCUGUGCUGUAUUUCCACUGCGCUGCAUGACCUCAUAAGAAGUAAAGUAUUACAAGCCAGAAACCUGCCGUAUUUUUACAGAUUGUUUAUAGAAGGGAUUAUAAGAUUAAAGUCUUUUUUCAUUUCUUUUGUCUUCAAGUGAGACCAUCUGGGGUUGAUCAAGGUCAGCAAAAUCAGAGUACUUUGCCUUAGUACCAAGAAAGAGGUUCAGUAUCCAGAAAGAACUUGCCAGUAGUUGAGGCAUUAAAAAAAAAAAGUAUAAUGGAAAAAUGUCUACUAGAAAUAAGUUAAGUGAAAACAAAGGCUGCUCCAGCAAAAUGUUAAAAUUCAGAGCCUGCAUUCUCAUUCCACCCUAGUGGUCAUUUCUUCCCACUGUUUAGUCUCUGAUGGAUCUGUGUUUUCUUCCUUACACCUGACCUGUGUAUAGAGGACAUUAUUGCUAGGCACUUUGAGACCCCUCUCAGACAUUGGACCUGUAACAGGCUUUGAGCACAGUGCUUUGUGUCCUGUGCCCAGGCAGUCUAAAUGCUUCAUAGCAGCACCAGCCACUCUUGUAAUCACAGCUGUAAUCGUGAAUAGAUAUCAACUUUUUUCUCUAGCAAAAGUCAGUGAAAAAUAAAGAACUCAUUCAUUCAUUCAACAGUGUUUUGGGAGCAUCACCUACUAUGUGCCAGGCCUGCUCAACACCUUGGAUAUGCAGCAGUGAACAAAAAACUGGUUCCCUAAUGUGAUCAUUGAAGAGACAGAUUAAUGAAAUGAAUAAACAUAUACGUUUAUAACCUAAUGUCAGAGUAAAGGGUGAGUAGCAACUGGUAUUUCAAAUAGGAUAGUCAGGAAUGCCUCCUCAGGGUGACCUUUGUAGGGGACCAAAUGGAAGUGUCAUGUCAUGUACACAUUAGGGGAAGGGUGCACCAGGCAAAGGGAACCACAAAUGGAGGGCCUAAUUCUUGUGAUAUCAAGGAGCAAUAGGAAGGCCAGUGCAGCUAGAGUAGCAGUACCAAGGGGGAAUGUAAUAGCCUCCAUCAGGUUGUACAGGAAGAGCCCAUUGUUAAGGAUUGGGUUUUCAAUAUGAUCAUGUCUGACUUGUACUUUGAAAGGAUAUCAUAAGGCUGCCAUCUGGAAACUAAAGGCCAAGGUGUGGUGGUUGGAUAGAUAGCAAGAGUGGAAGCAGGUAAGCCAGCUAGAAGUUGAUUGCAAUAGUCCAGCUAAAGAUGAUACUGGCUUGGAUCAGGGUUACUGGUUGUUUGACAAAGGCAGUCAGGUCCUGGAUAUGUUUAGGAGGUAGAGCCAACAGGAUUGGUGGAGGAGCAUGUUUGGAGAGCAGGAUCAAGAAUUCUGUGGAGGACUUGUUAAAUUGGAGAUGCCUCGCUGGCAUGGCACCCACCUGCUGUCACAUGGGUGUGUAUCAGUCCAGAGCUCAGUGACACAGUCUGGACUUAGUGUGGGAGUUGACAGUGUGGAGAAGGUACUUAAAGCUUUGACUGCAUUCUGGGGGCAUAAGUUUCGAGGAGAGUUAGUGUGCUUGCUUUUUUUCUUGAGUUGCUGGAGAAGUAUAUAAGUAAUAUAUUGCUAGCUGCAUGGCCACAGUUUGUAUUUUCUGUCAAUAAUCUUUUAAGAGCUAUAUUUGAAAAUUCACCCUGGCCAAUGUGGUUCAGUUGGUUGGAUUGUCGUCCUGUAAACUGAAUGGUUGUGGGUUUGAUUCCUAGUCAGGGCACAUACCCAGGGUGUGGGUUCAGUCUCUCGAGACUGUAGGAGAGGCAGCCAGUUGUUUCUCUCUUACAUCCAUGUUUUUCUCCCUCCCUUCCCCUUUCCCUAAAAAAAUCAGUGGGCAGGUCCUUGGGUAAGGAUUAAAAAAAAAAACCUUUAUAGAUAGAGGCUUAGAUUAUCAGUUUUUCUAUCUAAUUUCCCCUUAGUCUAUCGUCACUGAAGUAAUUUUGAUCUGGAUGUGAGAGGUUUUCUUCUAUGAAAAGCCAAGUUUUUCUUGUUCUGUUCAUCAGGGGGUCAUUACAGAAACUGAACACAAGGGGGAGAGAGUUUCCUUACCUAUGCAAUAGUGGCUGGGCCACCUGUUGGAACCCUCACUUCUCUUAACCUUAUAUCAAAAACAAAUUUGGUGACAAGGAUAAUGUCUCAUUUAUCAAUACAAUGUAUAUUUAUAGGAGAGAUCUUUUAACAUGUAACAUAUAUGAUUUGUCUUUACAUUGGUACUUUCAGUUUCUUUUAUUUUUCUUGCAUCAGUAAAUUUAUUGCAAGUAAGAAUUGUAUACACACACCAGGCAUGUUUUUCCACAUAAAAGCCAGCAUUGUAAUACAAAUACUUAACACUUUGGCCAUGAAACUCAAAGAUAAAAAAAACUUCUCAAGGUAUCUAUAUUAAGUAACUGAGUUCUUUAAUAUUUGUAAUCUAUGCUUAUUUAAUUAUAAUUUUGAAAAUAUAAUUAUAUUGUUCAUUAUUCAUUAUGCUUAUUGUAUAUGACAUCUUUCCUGAAAUUUUAUGUCCUUCAAAAUACAACUUUUCAUGACUUCAAAAUAUCCAUAUGUACCUCUUAGUGAUACUAUUGUAAAACCAAAAUUGUUUUCAAGUAGCAAGUGCUCAAGUCAUACCAUUCCUGAUCACAGAUAUAAGUGAUGUCCAUUUUUUUUAAAUGGCUCUCUUAUACUUCUUGUUCCUAUUUUAAUAUGCCAACCAUUGCUUCACUGAUAUCCCAGAGUUUUCUUGCAACAGACUCAUCAAUGGCAUUAGGCAGUAGUUCGUCCUCUUUACAAUCCCCAAAGUACUUUCUUGACACACCUCCUACCUCAGGUGAAGAGGCUAAAUAAAUCGAAGUCUGGGUACCUUCAACUGGAGUUUGGAAAAAAACCCAAGACACCAAACUGAAAACUCAUUUGCCCAAUAGUGGAACGUGUAUGUGCUUCCCAAGAUUAGUCCAAACACCACCAGGAUGUACAGCAUUGACUACCAUUUGUGCCGUCUAAGCAGCAGGCUAGUUCCCUGAUAAGAAGGAUGGUAGCCAGUUUGCUCCUACUAUAACAAAAGCUUUCAUCAUAGCUUUGUUCACUGCUCAAGUCUUCAAAGGGGAUGUCUCCAUAUUUAUAGAGUUUGGAAGAAACUGCCACAAUCCUGCUGGGAGCUGAAUGUUUGAGUAGUCCAAAGAGAAGAUUGGUGAGUAGAACGUGACCCAGAUGGUUCACUCCAAACUGCAUUUCAGACCCAUCUCCAUUCUUCAGAUAGGGCACUGGAAGAUCCCUGCAUUAUUCAUCCAGACGUCUAGUCUAGGCUCUUUCUGGAGCAUCUCCUGGCAGAAGGUGCACUUGGUGCGCCCUGUGGCUAGGCCCAGCUCCUUGAUGAACGUCAUCGGGG